AUGCAGCUCUCGCGCCUCCUGUUCGGCCUCAGCGCGCUGCUGCUGCCCGUAGCCCUGCUCGGCACCACAUGGCUGUACCUGUAUCCGCUGUUCCACGGCUGCGCAUUCCCCUUGCCCCGCGACACAUCGCUCCCGCUGCUCGACGCGCGCGCGCCCUUCCGCCUCCUCGCCCUCGGCGACCCGCAGCUCGAGGGCGACUCGUCGCUGCCGGAUCCAGACGCGCCCCUCUUCCCGUCGCUGGCGAACGCGGUCGAGCAGCUCCGGGACGCCGGCCGCUCGCCGCGCGACGUCUUGCACAUCCUGCGCGAUGCAGCGCGCCGCGCGCUCACCGACGGCGCCGCCGCCCUCGAGGGUCUCCGCAAGACGGUCGAUCUGUGGGGAAACGACUGGUACCUCGCGCACAUUGUGCGCAGUCUGCGCUGGUGGACGGAACCCACGCACGUCGCCGUGCUGGGCGACCUGCUGGGCUCGCAGUGGAUCACCGACGGCGAGUUUGAGAAGCGCGCGGGGCGGUACUGGGGCCGGGUUAUGCGCGGGCUGGAGCGCGUGCCGGACGCUGUCAUGGGCGUCGACGGUGCCGACGACAGCCAUCACUACGAUGAGCCCGAGUAUGAGCGGCAGCGGUCUUGGGGCGGCAGGCGGGAGGUUCUGGGCGCUGAUGAUGCUUGGGCGAGGCGCGUCUUGAAUAUCGCGGGGAACCACGAUAUCGGGUAUGCGGGCGACAUUGACGAGGCGCGUGUGGACCGCUUCGAGCGCGCGUUUGGCAGCGUCAAUUGGGAUGUGUGGUUCGAGCUGCCCGGCAGCACGAGCAGCACGAGCAGCACCAGUACGAGAGGCACGCCCACAGACGACACACCUACAGACGACACGCCCACAAACGACCCCCCGGCGCUCCGCCUCGUCGUCCUCAACACCAUGAACCUCGACACCCCCGCGUACACCGACUCCCUGCAGCAGGACACGUACGCCUUCCUGAACCACCUAAUCAGCACCUCACGGCCCGUGGGCGACAAAACCCACGCCACCAUCCUGCUAACGCACAUCCCGCUGCACAAAGAAGCGGGCAUAUGCACCGACGCGCCGCACUUUGCCUACUUCGACGCCGGGCACGGCGUGCGCGAGCAGAACAUGCUGAGCGAGCACGGCAGCGCCGUUGUCCUCGAGAGCCUGUUCGGCCUGAGCAGCGAUACAAGGGCUGAGGGUGCGGGGCUGGGGCGCAGGGGGGUCGUGAUUAAUGGGCAUGAUCACGCUGGGUGUGAUACGCUGCAUUGGAUUCGCCAGCCUGGCGCGCCGGCGUGCGAGGAGGAAAUGGUGCAGAGCGGCGAUGCGUUUGCGUUUGCGUAUUCGCCUGCGGAGAUUGUGCGAGCAGAACCAGACGCUGGUGGAGGAGCAGAACCAGACGCUGGUGGAGGAGCAGAACCAGAUGCUGGUGGAGGAGCAGAAGCAGAACCACACCCCUCCUGGCGCGCCACCCGUUUCCCACCACUCGACUCCCACCACCACAACAAUCGCGACACCACCUGCCCGCCCACCGCCAGCCCGCACCUGCGCGAGAUCACGCUGCGCAGCAUGAUGGGCGAUUUCUCGGGCUACGCCGGUUUCCUGUCCGCCUGGUUCGACGCCGAGCGCGGUGAUGCCGGCGAGUGGGUCAUCGAGUUCAGCACCUGCGGCGCGGGUGUGCAGCAUUGGUGGUGGGGCGUGCAUGGAGUCGAUCUUGUUGUCGUGCUGGCUGCGGUGGGCGGGGUGGUUGCGUGGGUUUGUGAGGGGACGGGGGGGAGGUUACGGAAGAAGGAAGGGAAGGGGGAUGAGAGGCGUGAGUCUGCGCAAACGAAACGCUUGUAG